AUGUCCCGCUUGGUCAACAGAGUGAAGUCCUUCUCUACCGCGGCUUCAUCGCUGCUUGCCGACGCCUCGGCCGCCGCCUCACGGUCGGCCCGGCCGCGGGCCUCCUUCCAAGUCUUCCGUGACGUCCCCGAACUUCGCCAACUGCGUCGGCAAUUAUUUAAAAAUGAUCGCACCAUGGGUCUCGUGCCCACGAUGGGUGCUCUUCAUGAAGGCCAUCUAUCAUUGAUUCGAGAGGCCGCCCGGGAGAACACCGACGUCUUCGUGAGCAUCUACGUCAACCCGACUCAAUUCGGCGUCAAUGAAGACCUCUCGAGCUAUCCUCGCACCUGGGACAGUGAUGUGGAGAAACUGGAGAAGCUCAAUGAAGAGCUAGGUAGCUUGGGUGCAGGGACGGGACGAAUUACCGCGAUUUUCGCCCCGACCUCAAAGAUCAUGUACCCUACCCUGCCACCUUCGUCUGAAAUCGACGGAUACGGCUCCUUUGUCACAAUUACCCCCCUUGCCACCAAGCUUGAAGGCGGUUCUCGCCCGGUCUUCUUCCGAGGCGUGGCGACUGUUUGCAUGAAGCUUUUCAAUGCGACAUCCCCCGAUCGCGUCUACUUUGGUCAAAAAGAUGUGCAACAGACUGUGAUUAUCAAGCGGAUGGUCAAGGAUUUCCUCGUCGGCACUGAGGUUCGAAUUGUGGCAACGGCUCGCGAAGCAGAUGGGCUGGCCCUGAGCUCCCGCAAUGUCUAUCUUGGUGCUCGGAGACGUACUGUGGGACUCACCCUCUACGAAGCCCUAAGUGCCGCAGAAGAAGCAUACAAAGCGGGCAAAUCUUCUCGCGAUGAUAUCCUGGGGGCUGCUCGCAGUGUGGCUGAGCGUGUGUUGUCCGAGCAACAAACACUCUCUCCAUCGGAGAGGGCGCUCUACGAGAUUGACUAUAUCUCCCUGGCCGACCCCGAGACUUUAGACGAGCUAGAUCUCGUCGAUCCUAACAGGGGGGCAGUCUUGAGUACGGCUUUCAAGAUGGCACCUCUGGAGGAGACCAAGUCUGGGGAGGAUUGCGGCUUGGGAGAUGGCAAGGUUCCCGUACGAUUGAUUGACAACAUAAUCCUUCAGCCUCAGGCUUAG